AUGAACCAAUGUUCCAGUACUACCAAUACUCCUACCCCUCCAGCGGUCGAGACUCCGACUCCAGUUCCUCAAGUUGAUCCUCCAAUUAACAUUAGUGCACCCGACGGUGUUCCAAACGGCAAUCCUCGUCCUCAUAUUUUUGAAAUAGACGACCAACAUGAUGCAUUCUUCAGCCCAAUGGCUACUUCUCAGGAUGACGCCUUCGGUUCAGCAACCAACGAGGUGGAGAGGAAGGUAAAGGCUAUCGAGGAAAAGCUCAAGGCAAUGGGGAACACUGAUGUUUUGGGCCUUGAUGCGGCAGAAAUGUGCCUAGUGCUUGAGGUCACCAUUUCGGCCAAGUUCAAAGUUCCAGACUUUGAAAAAUAUAAGGGAAAUAGCGACCCUAGGACUCACAUUAAGGCAUACUGCCGAAAGAUGACUGCUUAUUCCAGUGAUGAUCAACUAUUAAUGAAUUUUUUACAAGAUUCCCUUAGUGGGGCAUCUUUGGAUUGGUAUAUGCAACUCGAGGGCAACCAUAUUCACACACGGAAGGAAACGACCGAGGCAUUCCUCAACCACUAUCAGUACAACACUGAUAUGGCACCUAAUCGCACGAAGUUGCAAACUCUGACUCAAAGGUCUGAGGAGUCCUUCAAAGAGUAUACCCAAUGGUGGAGGGAAUUAGUUGCUAGGGUACAACCCCCAUUUCUAGAAAGGGAACUGGUAGACAUGUUUAUGGGUAACCUACAAGGUUCAUAUCUUGACAGAAUGGUAGGGAGCACCUCUUCAGGCUUCUCUGACCUUGUCUUAGCCGGUGAAAGGAUAGAAAAUAUGAUUAAGAUGGGAAAGAUCCAGAACUCUGCCAGUACUUCCAGUGCAUCAAAGAAACCUUUUGUUCCCUACGGUAAAAAACGAGAAGGCGAGACCAAUGCCACCUCCAUCAUUCGAACAAGAAAUCCCACUUAUCCACAAGUAGCCACCAUAGCUCCUGUCCAACCAAUUCAACAACAACCUUUUGCAAUUGCUGUCCAAACUCAACAACAACAACAGGAGUUAGGACCCCCACCGGCGGUUCUUCCUCCCGGUUAUGAUGCAAAUGCCCGCUGUGAAUUUGAUUUUGGCGCUCUAGGGAAUUCGAUCGAGAAUUGUAAAGCAUUAGAGUACAAGGUUCAAUAUCUUAUUGAUUCUAAGGCAAUCACGUUCUCCCCCAAGGAGCCGAAUGUAAAUAACAACCUGAUGCCUCCUCACAAUAAUGCAGCCAUGAAUAUGAUAGAAGUUGAUAAUGGAAGGAGAAUGAUGUCCCAUGUGGAUGAAUUAAAAACACCACUCAUCGAGAUCAAGAAUGAUUUGAUGAAGGAUAAUGCCUUUCCCAUCUGUAGUAAUGACUGUGAACAUUGUCUGAUUAACCCGCAACAAUGUAAAACAUUGAAGUAUGUCAUACAACAAUUAAUGGACCAAGGGAUCUUGGUGGUAGGCUGCCCGCCCACAAAAGAAGAUGUGUUUACCAUCGAGAUACCAUACGACGAAGUCCCCCCUCUACAAAUUCCAUAUAACUUCUCUUAG